AUGGUGUUUGAAGGACUAUUCCGUGAAAGGGAAAUAUGGGUCCCCGCAUAUUUGCGGCAUAUGUUUUGGGCAGGAAUGAAGACGACGCAACGAGUUGAGAGUAUUAAUAGUUUCUUUCAUGGAUAUGUGAACAAGCACACAAGGUUGUUUGAGUUUGCGGAAAGGUAUUGUGAGGCGAUGGAGAUACAUGCUAAUGAUGAUGAGAAGGACCGUGAUGGGAUUUCAACCCGAUAUGUGAGGCAGCUGAUUACAGAUUUUGUAGUGGAACAUGUAUUUCAAAAGGUUUACACCGAUGCGAAAUUCAAGGAGUUGCAAAGGGAGUGUACACGAACAAACUACUUGAUUUUUCAUGGUAAGAAUGUGUUAUCGGGUAAUGUUGUGGAGCAUAUAGUUGAGGAUCGUGUGUGGAUUAGAUGUAGGGAGACAAAGAAAGAAAUUCCGUCGAGGAGGAAACGGAAUUACAAAGUAAUCUUUGAUUGCAUGUCGAAGGAUGUUAGUUGUUCGUGUAAAAUGUUUGAGUGCCAAGGCAUUAUGUGUAGGCACAUGAUUAUGGCGUAUGAGCAUGAUCAGGUUGAUGUUCCGGAGAAGUAUAUUUUACGGAGAUGGAGGAAAGAUGUGCAACGUAAGCAUACUAGAGUUAAGGUUGCUUAUCAUGACCCUUCGAAAACGGAUGAGGUACGGAGGUAUGACAUGUUGUUUGAUUUAUUUGUUCCCAUUUGUGAGAAAGCUGAUGUUUAUGAGGAUUUGGUUGGAGUAGUUACUGAGGCGUUGCAGUUAUUAGACAUUAGAGUUGAUGAGAAUGUUGCGAUGAUUAGGAAUGGAGUAAAUGGAGAGGUGGAGAAGGGUAAGAAGAGUUCUCCUCCAACUGUGGAGAAGGGGAAGAAACGUAGAAUGGAUCUUGAAACGCAUGAGGUUGAUCCUUUAGAGAAGAUGAAUGUCAUAGACCCCCCAAACCGAAAUGCGGCUCAUAGAACCCGAAGUGUCCGGUACUAUACAGCUGCGGAGGAAUCCAGAAAGAAGAAGGCAUGUGGCGAGAAGGCAAGUAAGAAGAAAGCAGUGACGAAGAAGAAGGAAAAUGGUUCAGUAGGGCUCGACGAAACGUCAUGUUGUGCCGGGGGAAAACCAAGGCAGAAUAUGAGAUUGUCAAUAAGAUUAUAA